GACUUCUCAUCUCCAUACAGUCAGAUUGAACUGCGGGGGCAGACGGAGCGGACCGCGCCGCUCCUCCACAGCUAAUAAGGAUUUUCUAUAUCGAUUCACAACACCGCUUUUGUUUUCUUCCCACCUACCACGCUCUGGAAUCCCACCGACGGAACUUUGCGGAGUUUGCGGCGUUUCUUUCUCGUCCGUCGGACAUGGACAGUCGGCGACCCGAGUCAGGGAGCGACUGCCCGGCGUGCGCUCAGUAAGUCACGGGCAGAGGAGACUCCGACGUGGAUGUUUGAUGACGCGCUUGGCGUUUCCACCCGGGACGUCGUGGAGUCGGGAACCGAGGCUGUUUUGUAGAUCAGGCGUUUUGGCUUCUGAAGUAGUUGGGAAAACAUGGAGACUGUAAGUCGGCAGAGCUUCCAGCCUCACCCGGGACUGCAACAAACUCUCAAGCAGUUUCACCUCAGCUCUAUGAGCUCGCUGGGCGGCCCGGCGGCCUUCUCUGCCCGGUGGCAACAUGGGCUCCUCUUCAAGAAGGACGGCAAGGAUCCGGAGCCGGAGCCGGUCCUGCAGCAUCUGCCGCCGCCGGUGAUGGCCGGCCCGCUCUUCAUCCCCUCCGAUCGCUCCACGGAGCGCUGCGAGACGGUGCUGGAGAGCGAGACCAUCUCGUGCUUCGUGGUCGGCGGGGAGAAGCGGCUGUGCCUCCCGCAGAUCCUCAACACGGUGCUGCGCGACUUCUCCCUGCAGCAGAUCAACUCCGUCUGCGACGAGCUGCACAUCUACUGCUCCCGGUGCACGGCGGACCAGCUGGAGAUCCUCAAAGUCAUGGGGAUCCUGCCCUUCUCGGCGCCCUCCUGCGGCCUCAUCACCAAGACGGACGCGGAGCGCCUGUGCAACGCGCUCAUCUACGGAGGCGCCUAUCCGCCGCGGUGCAAGAAGGAGGCGAGCGGCGCUGCCCUGGAGCUGGAGCUGACGGAGAGGAGCUUCAAAGUCUACCACGAGUGCUUCGGCAAGUGCAAGGGCCUGUUCGUGCCGGAGCUGUACAGCAGCCCCAACGCAGCCUGCAUCCAGUGCAUGGACUGCAGACUCAUGUACCCGACGCACAAGUUCGUGGUGCACAGUCACAAGUCGCAGGAGAACAGGACUUGCCACUGGGGCUUCGACUCCGCCAACUGGAGGGCGUACAUCCUCCUGGGCCAGGAUUACACGGGCAAGGAGGAGAAGAGUCGCCUGGAGCAGCUGCUGGACGAACUUAAGGAGAAAUUCGACUUCGCCAACAAGUACAAGAGGAAAGCGUCGUCCAGGGCGUCCGACCCGCUCCCCACCAAAAAGUCCAAACAUGAAGACUUCCCUCUGCAGUCGCCGCUGGCCGACAAGGAGAAGCAUCACGACUGGCUGCAGUCUCUGUCCUCCUCCAAUAAGGCUCUUAACUGCAUCCAGCCCCGACAGAGGGCCUCGGCCUUCAGACCCUGGUCCCCGCACAUCUCCGCCGGCGACAAGGAGCCGUCCAAUCACCCGCUGGCGCUGCUGAGAGACAGUUUCUACAACUACAAGAGCCUGGAGAACGCCGUGGCCCCGAACGUGGCCCUCACUCCGCUCCCUCUCACCAAGGCGGGCCCCAUGUCUCCCUCGGUUCCCAGUGUGUCUCACCAAAGCCCUGGCGAGCCUGCCGCCGAGAGCGCCAGCAAGUCACGCAAGAGGAGGACGACUGAAGAGCAGCAGCCCCCAGAGGGUCCCAGCCCCAAGUCAGCCAGCAAGCCAGCACCUCCACCGGAAGACAAGGAUUCAGAGGUGGAAAUCGAAGUGGAGAGCAGGGACGAAUUCACCUCGUCGGUCUCCUCGCUCUCCUCGCCGUCCUUCACCUCAUCCAGCAGCUCCGCGAAGGACCUGAGUUCUCCAGGAGCCCAGGGUCCCAACUGCACCGUGACCACAGCUGAAGUCAGCACGGCCGCAGCUCCCCCGCCCUCCAACCCCAGCCCAGAACAGGGUCUGGAGUCCGAGCUGGAGAGUCUGAGGCAGGCGCUGGACAGUGGACUGGACUCCAAAGAGUCCAAGGAGAAGUUCCUGCACGAGAUCGUGAAGAUGAGGGUGAAGCAGGAGGAGAAGCUGGGGUCGGCCCUGCAGGCCAAGCGCAGCCUUCAACAGGAGCUGGAGUUCUUACGGGUGGCCAAAAAGGAGAAGCUGCGGGAGGCCACGGAGGCCAAGCGCAAUCUGAGGAAGGAAAUCGAGCGCCUGCGAGCCGAGAGCGAGAAGAAGAUGAAGGAAGCCAACGAGUCGCGCAUCCGUCUGAAGCGGGAGCUGGAGCAGGCGCGGCAGCUGAGGGUGUGUGAUAAAGGCUGCGAGGCCGGACGUCUGCGCGCCAAGUACUCCGCACUGAUUGAAGACCUCCAGAUGAAGCUGCAGCACGCGGAGGCCGACCGCGAGCAGCUCAGGGCGGACCUGUUGCACGAGCGGGAAGCCAGGGAGCACCUGGAGAGGGUGGUGAAGGAGCUGCAGCAGCAGCUGUGGCCCAAGUCCGGCAGCGAGGAGGAGCUGACAGCCAAGGAGACGCCUGCGAAGAACUAACGUCCCCAUCCUUGACCCCGCCCCCCGCACCCCUGCUGCGCCUCCGUCCACCAGAGCAGUUCGUCCUGGACAAAUCAGCGGCGCAGCAUCACAGGACACGCUUCAGGGGUGCUAUAGGUCCUGGACUCCGGAGAGCAGAAGACAUUAUAAGCUACACAACAGACUGGACGUGUAAAGUUACCGGACCACAAGUGAACAAAUGGUGCCGCCUCACUCCUCUCAGUGUUUUAGUCACGCCGUGCUGUGCGUUUCGGGGACACAUGGUGCGACCUUGGCGCCAUUUUUUUUUAAAAGCGAGCACUUGCUUUUGUGAAAUUCUUGCUCUCUGUCACGAUGCUAACACACACACACACACUCAUAUCUAAAGCGCCGGUUGUUCUGGGGCUCAUCUACGAUCACCACGAGCCGUUCUCUUCUAAUUAAAUUAAGGAUUGUAAAUAUGAAUAUAUGUUUUGUUUUUUUUAAUUUUACGAUAAUGAAUCGCACUUUUGUCCGAACAAACAACUGUCGUACUCCCCCCAGCUUCUCUCCGGGAAAAACAAUAUCGGAGUGUGGAGCGAUGAAGCGCCGUCUGUUACUCCGCAACACCUGUUUUUGUAAUAUACAGAAAUGUCACAUGAUCAGCUGGAGAGGCGUCGGGAGACUCGCACAAAUCACGUCUGGCGGCCGUCGCUCUGUGGGUACAAUGCAAUCAGAAUGUAGGUGUUUUCUCUUCCUUUUUCGGUUGUCGAUGUUUUGAUGGUGGAGAUAUUUUAUUGCUCGUCUGUUAUGUUCACUUUUUAAUAGAAAACUCAUAUUUUCUUUAUGCAUGAAAAUAAAAAAAAUUGCCAUUCAUAUAGUCAGCUAUGGGGCAUUGAUACUGUACAUGUUUUUAUUGCAAUAUUAAGCAUUUUUUUCUUAUAAGGAGGAAACGAAACUUGUGAAAUUAAUUGCGACAAAACAAAAGGAGGCAUAAUUAUGCUGGACAACCUCAAGUGCCUGCGGUGGGCGAAGGUUUCCAGAGGUGCUGAUGCCGCGGCUCAGCGCUCCCCGAAAGCACUCAGUUUACAAACCAAUUGAACAAAUGUGAGACGCUUUUCUGUCUGAAUGAGUGCUUUUUUAAAAAAAAAUCAGUUCAAAUCGACAAUAUGCAUGUUCCAUUUUUAUAGUUAUGAAGAGCCACUUUUGUGAAUUGUUACUUUGUAAAUAAAGGUGCGUCUCACAGGGGGCAUUACGUCGGAUGCCCAUUUCUUAAUGCUGAAAAUCUUUGACCGAAAAUUGGUACACCUUGUUUUUCUCUUCUUGUUCUACUUCGCUGGUGGUUUUCCUCCAGAAAAAAAAAGAGAUUUUAACCAAGUUGUUUUCUAAACUUUUUUGAGAGAUGCAGCAAUAAGAGUCCAGAUGAGUAGAUCGAUACUUGCCAGUGUGAAGAUUUGAAUUUCCAAAUGUAAAUAUGUUUUUCAUUUACACAGUUGUAUAAUAUAUGUACAUGGUGUUUCCUUUUUCAAAAAGGUUUUUUCUUACAAUAGAGGUUUCUUUUUCUUCCUUUUUAAAAAUGUUUUAACUGCAGUGUGUAAGAAAACACCCCCCACGUCCACGUUAAUCCAUAUUUUAUUUUUUACUGUAGAGUCUUUUUAUUGAAUUACUUUUUCACCGGUUCAUAUAUAUUUUUAACAGACUGCUCGGAUUGUCGUCCUCAUGUCUCCAUUUAGCCCUGUGCUGCUGCUAAUACAUAUAAACUUUACAGUCUAUUUUUAUGUAAGAGGUUAAUGUAAGCUUUCUCCUUUAUUAACGCAACAUAAACAGCAAGACAACAAGCUCGGCUUCUUCAUCGACUCCCCGUGUCUCCCUCAUCUGCUCACGCCUCCGUCGCCCCCCCUCUCCUUCCCCCUGGCCCUGCCACCCCCCCUGCACACGGACAUUAUUGUAAAGUAAAGGACUUUAUGAGAUUAUGUUUGAAAAUAGCUAUGCUUAUAUACAACAGUGACUGAAUGUACAGUGUAUAGAUGCAUUACCAGAAUUAAAGUUGUUUGUCCAAGAUUGA